GCAGGGACCGCCGGCAAACGCCGGGGCGGGGGUCCCGGCCCCGCUCCCAGCUGGGGGAGCGCUGGGGCUGAGCCCGGCUCCGCUGCGGCCGCGCGGGGAUCCCCGGCAGUGCGGCGCGGCCCCGGCGCCGGAGGGGGGGAAUCCCUCCUUCCCUCCUCCCCGCCCGGCGGCGCGUACGCCCCGUCCCUCGGCGUGGGCGCUCCAUCAGCUCCGCCGGCAUCUCCCCUCCUCCUCCUCCUCCUCCCCGCACACCCACACACUUUCCCCGUCCCUCCUCCCCGCCACUCCGCAGCAGAGUGCUUUUGCAGCCUGUGCGGCUCCUGAGAAAGGAGGUGUGCGGCUUUCCCCCUCCCUCCUUUUUAUUUUAAUUUUCUUUUUUUUUCCUCGGAGCGGACCUUUCGGAGGAGCAGCUGCAGCAGCCGGGACAGAGCAGGGAGCAUGGCCGGGGGGCGUCUCCCGGGGCUGCUUUUCAUCUUGCACGCCGCGGCUCGCCUGGCCGCCGAGCAAGAAGUUGAAAACCUCUCCGGGCUCUCCCCUAACCCCGAGAAGGACAUCUUCGUGGUGCGGGAAAACCGGACGACGUGUCUCAUGGCCGAAUUCGCCGCCAAGUUCAUCGUGCCCUACGACGUGUGGGCCAGCAAUUAUGUGGAUCUGAUCACGGAGCAAGCCGACAUCCCGCUGUCGCGGGGCGCCGAGAUGAAGGGCAAGUGCGGCACGAACGAGUCGGAGCUGGAGCUCUCCUGGCUGGACCAAGCGUACACCCUCCGGCUCUCCUUCCUGAAGGAGGGGCACAACACGUCCCGGGGCCCCGAGGCGUCGUGGAAGCUCAGCCGGAUCCAGUUCACCUACGACACCUCCGAGCGCACCUACUUCAAGGAUGCCGUGAGCCCCGGGAAGCACACGGCCAGCUCGCACCGGCUCUCGGCCCUGGUGACCCCUGCCGGGCGGUCCUACGAGUGCCAGGCGCAGCAGACCAUCUCCCUCGUCUCCAGCGACCACCAGAAGUCCGUGCAGCUCCUGCUGUCGGAAGUGCGGCUCCAGCCCUUCGACAUCCCCGCGGAUUUCGUCUUCAGUGAAGAACACAAGUGCCCGGUGGACCAGAGGGAGCAGCUGGAGGAAACGCUGCCCCUGAUCCUGGGGCUGAUCCUGGGGCUGGUGAUCGUCAUCACCCUCGGCAUCUACCACAUCCACCACAAGCUGACAGCCAGCCAGGUGCAGAUCCCUCGGGACAGAUCUCAGUACAAACACAUGGGGUAGGAGCAGCACCGAGCAACCAGAGCACUGAUCAGGUAGAAACAGCAAAAGCACUUUUUUCUGUGGGUGAGGAAACGUUCUGGGGGGCAAGGGAUGGUAUUCACAGCACCUAAUCCUGAGCAUUUCAUGGAGACACUCAGGCUAAGGCUUGGCUUUAGCACAGCCCCUGGAAGGAGAAUCAGUGUCUGUGGGUGGUUUGAAUACCUUCUUUAAGCAGCUGGGCUGAUCAUCUGGAAACAGAAACGCUUCACAUGUCACAGUUUCACCCGGGGAGCACAAGUAGCUUUCUUGUUGUAUUUAUUUUCUCCCUUUUUCCCAUCUCAAGAGGUUCUUACCUCCCCCUGCAUCACCUUUGGAGCAUCCAGCCCUCCACAUUCCUGUCUGUGCAGGAAGCAGGGCUGCGAGACAGAGCCAUUGCACAGGGCUCAUUCAGGCCUUCCAAUGAAGGGACUCAAACCACAUCCCCGAAUUUGCACUCAUGUUACGAAAAGCAUGGAGGCAAAUGCAGGUGUGCUUUGGGGAAAAAAAAUAAAAUUCAAGGUCAGUAACUCCAGUGGAGCAGAUCACAGCUGUGGAGCUGACCCCACACUUGAGACUGGGUGAAGAAAGUUUGUUUUUGCUUCUUGAGCCACAUCUGAACUAAACUUAGAAAAAAAAAAGUUAAAAAAAAAGUAUUGAUACACAAAUUAUAAAGUGCCGUGCUACUGCAAGUCAACUGAGAAAUGCUUCUGGCUGGGCAUCCUGCACGUAUUGUGAUUGUGGUUGAGAUGUUACAUUGCUACCUGCAACUGAUAAUUUUCACAACAAAACAAAAAAACAGAGAAAAAGAAAACAGUAAUGUUAAAGUUACUAUGCAGAUUAUUCAGGUAUAAUCUAAUGUAACAGCAAAAUAUAAGGGAACCCUUGAAAUCUAUCCUUAAAUGUAGACAAUUUUUAAAAGUAAUUAAAACAUGUACAUACAUAA